AUGGCUCGUUCCACAACGAAGAUCUACGUUGGCAACUUACCCCCGGAUGUAAAGACGCGGGAUGUUGAGAAUUUGUUUUCGAAAUACGGACCAAUUGCCGAGAUAGAUCUUAAAUCCCGGAGAGGACCGCCGUUCGCUUUCAUUGAGUUCGAAGAUGAACUUGAUGCCGCUGACGCCGUUCGGGGUCGUGAUGGAUACAAUUUCGAUGGAUAUGCGUUACGGGUUGAGUUUCCCCGCGGUGGGUCAGCAAGCUACAAUGGCAGUGGUGGGAACUUCAACUCAUUCAGACGUGGAGGGUUUGGCCGCGGUGGAGGUGGGCCGUCUCGACGGUCUGACUUUCGCGUCGUGGUUACUGGUUUGCCGCCAACUGGUAGCUGGCAAGACCUAAAAGAUCACAUGCGAGAGGCCGGAGAUGUGGGUUACGCUGAUGUCUUUCGAGAUGGCACUGGUGUAGUGGAAUUUUUGAGAUAUGAAGACAUGAAAUACGCAGUUCGCAAGCUUGACGACUCCAAGUUCCGUUCGCACGAGGGUGAAUCCUCUUACAUCCGGGUUCGUGAAGAGCGUCCGUACGGAUCUCGAUCCCGUUCUCGUUCCAGGGUGAAUCCUCUUACAUCCGGGUUCGUGAAGAGCGUCCGUACGGAUCUCGAUCCCGUUCUCGUUCCAGGUCAUACGGUUCUCCGCGAAGACCUCGUUCGUAUGACUCUGGUUCACGUUCGGCUAGCCCAAGGCGUUGAGACAUUGGAACUUGGUCACGUUGUUAAUUACACAUGGACUUGUGGAUGGAUAUGACCGGAUAGAGGGAUGCGAUAGGAUGGCUUCCCAAGGAUACAAAAAUCCUGGAAACCGGAUGGACAGCUGGAAAGGACUCGGCUGUCGAUAUUUGCUCCACAGGUUGCUAACAGCGCCCGGAUACUCAUCCCGAGCGAAUGGAGGAUGAAAUUCUGGGCAGGCUAAACGGAUCAUCCGAGUGGUAGGAAACCCAAGUGGCCUCUUAAGUUUCGGAGUCCGUCAGAGGAGUCAAUGUACUUUUGAGUUGCCGUUUGACUCGGACCUUCCCUUGGAUGGAGGAUGAACAUUAGUUGUGAUGGAACUUGCAAGGUCUAUGAGAAUAAGGCCAGAGUUUUUAAGGAAUCAGGAGUCCAGUAAGAGAUGUGCGUUUCAUCCGUGAAAUUUCGGAUUGGACUGCUGUUUCUACAAAGCAACUACGCAUAUGCUUCAUCUUCCUCAUGAAUGGACGUCUAGGACUGUUUGAGACACGGGGAUGCUUGGAAUUAACGUGUGUAAGUUGAAGGGGCUUGAUGUUUUUGGCUAAUUUUUUUCCGGGUUGUUCCGAUGUGGGUAAGGUCUUGUGUGUGCAUACUGUUUUAAGUAGGCAACUAAUGAGCCUAACUGAAUCAGCUAUCCCAUUGAAAUCAGUCGCUGAACAGCGAACGGCCUUGUUAUCUUCUGCUCAUCCUUAUUCUACUGGUUUGGAAGAUUAUGGGGGUCCUUGUAUUCAAUGGUUGCUCAGACGCUCAAGGUUUCGUUGGAGUCUGACUUUUUCGUCAUAACUGCUCGUGGUUGGUCUUGGCACCCUGGUGGUGGCACGGCCGCAUGCUUCCCGCAAGGAACCUGGAAGCUGGGCGUCAUAACGAUGCUACAGCAGACGGUACUCAUCGUUUACCGUUGGCUUUGGGUUUCCGCGUUUAAGGUGAAUAUAACCUGCGUACGAUUGAGAGUCCACCUUGCUUUCUUUAUUACACUUAGGCCUUUUUUGCUUUCGUAAUUCUGAACCAUUUUAGUAUACUGCCGUGUAAUAAGCGAGCUUGUGAGUCUUAUCGCAGGUUAGUGGAUGGGUCGAUCGCGUGAGUACAGUUCUGUAGAUUGCCGAGCCUGAUAGUACGUUCCUUUGCAGCCAUUCGUAGUCAGUAGAUGUGAUUGUGCUUAACUUCUGCAUAGUUUUGCACGUCGUGGGCUGUGAUAUAGUAUGAGGAUUUCUACGCUACUGCCUUCGUGCUUUUCUUGCAACUCUUAGUGAUUUGAUUGUCGGCAUGCUUUUAAUGACAAACUGACGUCCUCAGAGGUGUCAAGCUGUCAUUUAGUCGUACCUACAAAGUCGGCACGAAUAGACUUCAGUGAUCAAUGCAUAUUGAAAGAAUGGUUUCGUUGAAUGUUAGUGAGCUGGUUUACAUAUCUGACUUCAAGGGUUGUUAGUGCUUGGUAAGUGUUAGAACAUGGCAAGUGUGAUUUGGGUUGUCGAAAAUUUUUCUUGUUACGAUCGGUCCUUCUCGCUGUGGUUGUCCACCCUGUACACGUCGGGAACGCACUCCCGUUCAUUCCCAGUAUUAUGCCACCGUGCUUGUGCGAUAACACAUUGCCGGCGUACUGUAAUCAGCUUUGCUUGUGGUGAGUACACUUAAGGAGCCCACUAACGGUGUCUAAAUCUCCCAGAUGUAGCGCGGAAUCCCCCUUCCCCCAGGCUGUUCUGGUAGCAUGCUUAUCAAUCCAUGUGUGGUAAUUGGGGUACAUAGGUGUCCUUCUGCGUAUUUUGCACGUCGUGGGCUGUGAUAUAGUAUGAGGAUUUCUACGCUACUGCCUUCGUGCUUUUCUUGCAACUCUUAGUGAUUUGAUUGUCGGCAUGCUUUUAAUGACAAACUGACGUCCUCAGAGGUGUCAAGCUGUCAUUUAGUCGUACCUACAAAGUCGGCACGAAUAGACUUCAGUGAUUAAUGGAUAUUGAAAGAAUGGUUUCGUUGAAUGUUAGUGAGCUGGUUUACAUAUCUGACUUCAAGGGUUGUUAGUGCUUGGUAAGUGUUAGAACAUGGCAAGUGUGAUUUGGGUUGUCGAAAAUUUUUCUUGUUACGAUCGGUCCUUCUCGCUGUGGUUGUCCACCCUGUACACGUCGGGAACGCACUCCCGUUCAUUCCCAGUAUUAUGCCACCGUGCUUGUGCGAUAACACAUUGCCGGCGUACUGUAAUCAGCUUUGCUUGUGGUGAGUACACUUAAGGAGCCCACUAACGGUGUCUAAAUCUCCCAGAUGUAGCGCGGAAUCCCCCUUCCCCCAGGCUGUUCUGGUAGCAUGCUUAUCAAUCCAUGUGUGGUAAUUGGGGUACAUAGGUGUCCGUUUCCAGGGAAUGACCAUGAAGUGCCUAUGUAAGAUGGCUCAGUGGUUGAAGCACGAAUUUGCUGGCCGGUGGUUCGCACCUAACCUGCAUCUCUACUUCUGUCUAGGUUGAUCAAACUGGCGGUAUCUAGUCCCCCGUGCUUUCUUCGAGCGGCAUGGCAGCUAGGCAUCGGUGGGGUAUCGGGUCUUAAUUGUCGAAGUAUCUAGCAGUCCGAUUUCUCCGUUUGAUUUUAGUCGUUCUUAUGUAGCGUGUCUCUAGCCGUUAUUUCAGAAUCUUCACUGAAACUUUGGUUCGGGGUUUCUCCAGGUUGAAAAUUCUCAUCCUGGUACAUUCAACGCUGGUCAGCACGGCAGUCAAAAUACGAUGUAUGCGGUAAUGGUUUUGUCCAGAUUCUUGCACUGCCGGGCCGGCGAGUGAUAGAGCUUCGCGUUCAAGUUUGCCUGUAGUCUAUAUGGACUUAGUCAAUUUAGCAGUGUCUGAACACGUCACUCUCCCUGGUUUCCAUCACAGUUAUGCUGUCGUUUGGCUUAGACUUGAAUUCUGGGGUUCCAGGUUAGACCGGCCGCAGAGCCAUCUGUUGUGACACAAUUCGGAAUUACUUUUCCAUGGUUAUUGCCUGGAUGGAAAUGUUCACCAUUUAAUUGGGUUUGUAUAUGGAUCUUUUGUUUUAAAGUCUUGAAUGCUACGGUGACUGCGUGGUUUGAAGUCAGGUUUCAACACCAUUUUCUCAUGUUAUCAGGCGUCUCGUCUAUGUCCCUCUGGUUUUAUUAUCCAUUCCCUGUCCACGUAAACCUCGUUAGUUUUGCUUGCCAUCACGUAAUGGUAGCUUUAAAUGUAAUGUUAACAUUGCGGUUUGAGUCUAACUAGAUGAUGGGCUGGUUUCAGCUGGCAGUUGACCUAUUUGCCUAGCUUUGCUUGCUAACGUCUCACCCAUGUGUGAUGAGAUAUCCUCAAUGUGCGGCUGAGUGGGUCUUCCCGCAUUUCAACGAAAAGUUUGCAGACCAGCUCGGCGAGCAGAUCAGCCAAUCAACCCAGCCGAAUUAAGAAAAAUUAGGACGUUGCCCUUCAUCUUUACUUGCUUGAGUCUAACCUCUUGAAUUAGCUCUGUGUGCUAGUAUGAUUUGCAUCUCUGGCUGCAUGAUUGGGGACUGUAACCUUCUAUCGUGUGAGCCAUUCGUAGACUUCAUCCCUCGAAAGACGCUCAAGCGGAAGAUCCCUUCAGUCAGGCGUUUGCUGGCCCGAACUUUACCGUUUUGGUUUGUUUUAUGUCCAAUAAAUCUUCG